AUGGUCCUCAUCACCCCAGGCACAAUCUCAGUGUUCGUAUCGACUUCAGUCGUCGGGCUCUUUACGUUUCUUCUCUUCCUGUCCGGCUACGUGCUGCAGCAGCAGUCCGUCCGCAACAUACAGGCGGCCUUGCCAAGGAACUUUGCGCCUAUCUCUACGCCAAAGCCAAACCCACCAAUUUCUAAAGAGACAGCCGGGGCAAGGAUAGAGAGCCAUUUUGCGACUGGCGUCAAGAAUCCCAGUUUAUAUGAUCCGGUUCCAGACCACAAGCAUGGUUCUCAACAGGCCCCGAUAGAUGGUGGGAUUAAGAAGCUCUCACCAAAUACAAAAGCUUACGUUCAGAUCUUAACAAAACCCAGCGCAGCGGAUAUAUGCUCCACGCUUCUUUUUGCGAAAGCUUUGACCUCGAAUAGCUCCUCUACUAUCGAAAGAAUAGUUAUCUACCCUGAGUCUUGGGGCUCAAGCCCCCCGUCUGCCAAUAUCGCGGCAGCAUUACGCACUCUUCGGGCAUCCAGCGAGCGAUACAACCUUACUUUAUACCCCAUGGACAUGAGCAAUGCACAAGGAGGGCGGCUGUUUACAGCACCUCUGUUGAAAAAGGCUUCAGCCCAAUUUGGAGCUUACGAACGGAUGUUGUACCUGCAAGCCCCAGGAGUGGUCCUCGAUGCGGAAAAGCUCGAUCAAUUAAUGCAUCCCCCUAACGAGAAUGACCUAUUAUCCGAACAGACUUCACUUUUAUGGGGGUGGUGGGCAGACAGCAAGUCAAAGACCUGGGUUCGAACGCAGCUUAAACUUACAGCUACCAGUAUGCCGCCUGCCGUCCUCUUUACGUCGAGAUAUCUUCGCCCGGGCGUGCUGUCGAGCCAUUCCCAUAUACUUGGUCGACUGACGCGGCGGAGUUAUGUGGAUUCCGCGAUGGGCGUGUUGGAUAAUUAUGAUAUGGGCGCUCCCAAGGAAGAGCCGGCGUAUGUAUAUUUUGAGAAGAAUAAGGAUCGAAUACGAGAGCGAAGGAGUGUAUACUAUUUGGAUUGGAGAAAGCACCUGGGGGCCGUUUGUGGUGGGCUUGAUUUAGAUGAUUGA